UGCAACUUCAUAUUGCGGCUCAUGCAUUUAGCCUGGUCUCGCAAAACAGAACAACAUGGCCUCACAUGAGUAUAUUCGCUCUGAUCUCAAGGUCACACACAUACUUGUGAUGUCCACUUUUCGCUCAUGGCGUCUACAAUGCGACGCAUCUCCAUCGAUACCCUCGGGAUGACAGCUCCAAGGGGCAUGUCGUUCAAUCCAGUCAAGAGGAAGAGAAGGACGUGGUGGAAUUCAAGACCCAGGCUGCUGGUUACUUGCAUUUUCUUCGGCGUUUUGUACUGUUGGUUGAACUUUUCGACAUCAGAAAUCGUCAUACCUGAUGAUUCGUUUGAAUAUCUGAAGGAUGAUAGUCUAUCAGAUAUCAUGAACUCCACGCUGGGGUUCCAAAAGCUGCUCGUUCUAAAUCUUCCCUUCCGCAGUGACCGGAGAGACGCAAUCACGCUGGCAGCAGCAACCAGCAACAUGAAGCUCGAGUUCGUAGACGGUGUGACCGGAGAAUCUAUUCGCGAAAGCGCAUAUCCGCCUCCAAAAGAGAACAUCAAGCUCCCCGCCGGCAUCCGUGGAAGCUGGCGAACCCACAUGAACGCACUCCAGCGCGUGGUCCAAGAGAACCUCACUACGGCCCUGAUCUUUGAGGACGACGUGGACUGGGACGUCCGGAUCCGCCAGAACCUGCAGCGGUUCGCCCUCGCCAGCCGCUUCCUCUCCGAAAACAAGGAGACGCUAUCCCACCACUCCAAGUACCCCUUAGAGAAGCUCAAGAACCCAGAGACCCCAGAGACAGGUUUCCACAUCCUGUCCGAGAACGGCAUCACGAGCGACCUCCCGACGAUGCCCCUCGCCUCAGCCGCGCGCAAGAACCUCCAGUACAAAGGCAAAGGCUCCACAACCGGCGUCACGAGCCCCUACGGCGACCCCUCCCAAUGGGACAUCCUCUGGAUCGGGCACUGCGGCGCCGGCUUCCCGCGCUACCCCCUCGACCCGCACACGAAGAAAACCGACGUGACCGCCUCGAACGUGAUCCUCAAGCACGAGAACGACGCCACGGUGCCCCUGGGAAAGUACCUGAAAGCCCACCCCUUCCAAUCCGUGCUCGACCCCCUCGCCCACGCCUACAAACCCCACACCCGCGUCUACCACCGCGCGUCCGGCGGCGAGCUGUGCACGGUCGGGUACGCGGUGUCGCAGCGCGGCGCGAGGCGGCUGCUCCACCAGUUCGGGAUCAAGGACUGGAACGACAUUUUCGACUCGGCGAUGGGGCGGUGGUGCGCGUCCGAGGACCAGAAGUCGUCGACACCGGGCACGACUGCGAAUCUAGUGCACGGAGGCGGUGACGGCAGCGCGGGGGGACAGAAUCCGCUCGUGAGGUACGCGGGCGGCAAGUGGAAUGUUAGGAGUAAGGAGCGCGUGUGUCUGACGAGCCAGCCGCCUAUCUUCGCGCAUCAUCAUCCUAUGGAUGGGGAGAGCGAUAUCGGGGGUCUGGGGGGUGGGUAUGCGACCAAGUAUGAGACGAAGUAUCUUAGGCUGAGUGUACGCAUGAACUUGGAAAGGAUCGUGCAGGGGAUCAAGAAUUUGGUGGAUCAGUGGCCGGAUGAGGAGAAGGAGAAGGAGUAGGAGUAGGGGGGAGGUGGGGUUAGGUGUAGCUGUCUUUUAUCAUAAAAGUUGGUCUUCAUGCAUGCCAUGUUCGACACUGUUGAAAUCCCACUACAUAUCGCAUUUCCGCAGACAUGCUU